UAGUUGUCUGUCAUUAGAACAUUCACAGUUCACCUUCAUUUUUCAUACAAUUUUAUUAAAUCACAUCGCUGAAGUUUUAAUGAUGAAGGUUUUCACAAGAAAACAGCACAUUUGUCAUCGCCAUGAAGAGACAGAAACAAAAAGAGACUACUGAUGUUGAUGUUCAAUAAUGUCUUCAAAAAGUGAGCAAGUGUGUCGUUUUGUCACUUUUGCUAUUUCUCUCUCAUUAUUCUCUUAUUCUCAAGCCAGAAGAACAAUUUGCGUACGCCAACCUUCGAGAACUGGUGUCACUUUGAUAGACGACAUCGAGGCCGGGAAUUUUAAACACGUCGGAGAAGCAGAAAGCAUUGUGGAAUGUCUGAAUUUAGCCUGCAACCGCCAGACAGGAAAUAUAGCAUUUUUAUGGGGGAAUACAUGUUACAUGGUUACUUGCAAACAAAAAAAUCGCUGUGGUUUGCUGUCACAUGCCAGUAUGAAGAGAAAAGGAGCACUUUAUAGGAUCUUAUUUGCUUAUCCUGAAUUUGAGAGUACGAAUCAAGUUUUGAGUCUGUCUGAAGAUGUACUUUCAUCGCAAAUGUUCAUUCCAGUUAAAACGCUAAAAGCGACGGCGGAAAGUAGAGAGAGAGAUAAAGAAAGGAUGACUUUUGAAAUUGUUAAAGGUAACAUUCACGAUACAUUCCGCCUACAUCCGAAAGCCUCAAACUGGGGCACGAACAUAUUUUUAACAAAAAGGUUGGACAGAGAAUCCGUUUCACAUUAUGUGUUGCAACUGAGAGCUGUGACUCGUGUGGAAAACGUCAGUAGCGACCUCAAUGUGUCCAUAAAUGUCCUUGAUGUUAACGACAAUCCUCCAAGUUUCGUACAAACACCGAUUGUCUUCAGUGUGCUUUGUAACAUAACAGUGGGUUCUGUGAUUGGCCAAAUGGCUGCCAUUGACAAUGACACUGGUCCACAUUCGAAACUGGAGUAUUAUAUCAAGAAUCCUAACGAACUUAUAACAUACGUCAAAGAUACAGGGGAGGUUUACCUUAAAAAAAAACUUCAACUAGACUCGAUUACAAGCUAUGAGUUUUCCAUUAAUGUCACUGAUGGUAGAUAUACAACCGGGGGAAGACUGAGGAUAGAUGUUCAUCCAAUCAACAUGAACCGUCCCACGCUCGAGAAAACGUCAAUUGUUGUUCGGCUCAACGGCCAAGUACCGUCAAAUACCACAGUCGCUGAAUUAUUGGCGUAUGAUCCCGAUUACGGAAAACUUGGCGAGCUGACGUAUGUGAUUACGAAUGGCAAUGAUGAUGACAUUUUUAUGGUAGAUAAAAAAGGAUUCAUCAGAACUAACAAAGAGAUAACAUCGAAAGCUAAUGUCUUUAAUCUAACGAUUUGUGUCCACGAUAAAGGAGAGCCGGAACUCUUCGCAUUCAGACCUGCAAAUGUCGUCAUUUUAGUGCAGUGGUUAAGAUUUAAUGAGGUUGUUUUUAAUAUAACUGUAGGAGAAAAUUUUGGAUUGCGCGAGACUGCAUCGUUGUGGAUCGGUGGUCGUAAAGUCGUUGAUAGUCGACAGACGAAAUGUGAAAUAAAUUAUCAUCUCUUGACGGAAAAGAAGCAGUUUCAGAUUGAUGAAACUCGUGGUGUUGUCACGUUAAAUAAAUCACUGGACUACGAAAUCAAGAGAUUUCAUAUAGUAACUAUUGAAGCUGACUGCGAAUGUAAUGAUUCAACGUUGGUUCCCUCUGCCUUAUCAGCCAAAGCCAUUCUUAAUGUGUCCGUGUGGAUAUUCGCCGAAUAGAUGUUAAAAAGAGAGAGGGAUUUCGUACCAAGCUUUCGGACAUCAUUGUCAUUGUGCUUGGUGUCGUUGUUGGAGUCAUUAUUCUGCUCGUUGUUUUGAGAGCAUUAUUUUUGUAUCGACGGGCAAAAUUGUUGAGAUUGAAAUGGGACAAAGAAAAACAAAACGUAUCUACUUCUUUGAGUCAUCCAAGUUCUCAAAGAUCGGCAGAACGAACUCCUCAUAGUUCAAGAUCAACAAUUUCUUUUACAGACUUGAGCACACCAAAAAGACUUGUUCCAAAACUGGACAAGAUGGAUCCUUGUGGUGACGCAGAAAGAAUUCGAGACGCAGAACGGGAAGGUAUGUCACAAUACUCUGGCUGUGGGGGUUCUGCGAGGUCUUCUAAUUCGGAUGUUCAUCUUCGGGGAAGAAAUACCGUACGAAAGGCGUUUAUUUCUUGUGAAAAGACCGCUAAAACAGAUGACGAAGAACGUAAUGAAAUAGACGAAAAUGGUUCCGAAGAAGAAAUGGCUACUGAAUUGAACACUGAAUUAUAUUAACUUUAUUGAUGAGUACUUUAUUUUUCUUUGGAAAAGCGUGCCAAACAACAGUAAUGGAAACGAGAGGACAAUUCUUCAUUUGGCCAUUCAACCAAAUCUUUAUGGAAAUAUAUGCUGCAAAACGAACCAAUUUCUCGUGCUGUGUUUUAUGUAUUUUACGCUUUUUGCAGUGAUUGUAGCUAUAAAUUGUGUUGUUGUAUAGUUCAGCAGAUUUUUUUCUGUGCUAAAGGCACGCAACAAUAAACUUACAAAGUAUAUUUUUGAUGUUUUGAUCGUAAAUAUAUGCUUAAAGUUGCUGGAUAAAUACUUCGUUAUAUUUUUGCGGUUGUAUUCUAUAUCAUCAUUCGUAUCUUGAGUCAAGUUAUGAAACAGUCAAUUACAUUUUAUGAACUAAAUAAUAUAUGAAUUUUCGACCUUCAUCUAAAUGUUGUUUUGCAUGCACUUCCAAAGAAACAAGACACCGAUUACAGAACCCAAUUAUCGACAUUUCAUUGUCGCCCCUGUAUAAAAUUGGGUGAAUUAUAAAAAAGCAGAUAAGCUUGUAAAUAUAAUUAGUGAAAGUAGAAAAAUUUUAAUUCGUUGAAUUUUUCAUUUCAGCA